CAGCACGUGCACGGUUAUCGCUGGUCCUCAUCUGGUGCCACAAUGACUACACUCAAGGUUUUCGCAUUGGCGGGAAUAAUCUGCUCAUGCGCGGCAGUCACUUACCCCCAAACCUACGAGCGCCUGCAGCCUAUCAUUGCCCAAAGCCUGCCACAAACUCUUCUUGAGUUCUUACAAGAACCCAGCAAUGGGUACCAGCCUCAACGUACGACCAACAACCUCCCAACUACGGGACUGAAGCUUAAACAAUCGACACGACAGAAAGCCAAGGAGCUUCCGACUCAGCCCGAAAUGCAGCCUAUCACCCAAGCUUCGUUCCGACCUUUCUUCUAUCACGACUCGAACGCGGGAUCCGUAGACGCCAAACAGCUUCCUCUUCCGGCGAACGACCCAAGUCCAUCGGCUCCGACUACCGACAACAGAUUUUCUGAUGUUCCCCACAUUGAGGAAAAUCGAGACGAUAUCGCAAACGCUUUUCUUGCUUCAAGCAACAGGUUUCAUGGUGGACAAUCAAAUGAUGAAAAUAACGAAGAAACUCUAAUAUCUUUCGUACCUCUUAGCCAUAAACUUUCAGAUACUAAUUCCGAUUCGGAGAACCAUCCGUCGUUCCAACCUAGCCCAGACACUGCCGUGUCUACUCACGUCUCAAGUGGUUCUCAAAAAGAACCAUCUUCUCUCGUCGCUGCCCACGAAACAAUUUUUCGCUCCGAUGACCAGAACCAAAACACCCUCACAAGCCCUGAGCAAAAAGAAUACUAUAACAAUGAAGGGCCUUUUGCUUCUUCCUUCACGACAGGAAUAACCAUUCCUCAUACCAAACAAAAUAACCAAGCCCAGAAUCACCUAUUUGCCAGCCCCGUGGAAAAUAAUAAAAUCAAACAUAACAAACGUCGCGCAUUUGCCGCCACACCAACAGUUUUUUUCGAGCAGCCCCAUGACCUCGCGAACCAUCAUCUGCAAACCAAAUACGAGGAGCCGCUGGUAGUCCACCAACACGCCGCACAACUCGAUGACCACUUCGCUACCAGUCACGACCACCACAUACCAACCUACGUGGAGCCCAGCUACCACCCUGCGAGGUACGACUUCAGGUACAUCGUCAAGGACGAGUACGGCGGCAACGACUUCGGCCACCAGGAGAGCAGGAGCGGCCAAGACACCAAAGGCGCGUACUACGUGCAGCUGCCAGACGGACGACGUCAGACGGUGUCUUAUUACGUGAACAAGGGCUCGGGAUACGUUGCUAAAGUCCACUACGAAGGAAAAGCUGUGCACCCACAACCUAAGCACGUGCCUACAGGCUACCAUGGUGGAGCACCCCACAUCUCUGGGGUACAUGCAACCCCUAGCCAACAUCUCCCCAGAGGGUUCAACACCCAUGAGGGGUUGGGGUACAGUGGGUUGAGUGAAGCAGCUUUCUCGAAGUUCCACUAAAAAUCUACGGAUAUCUCAUGCCAGUCAUCGUUUCAACGCGGGAUUCUUUGUUGAAUUAUUUGUAGCUUUCAUUUGUUAUACGAUCGUCAGAAAAAUAGGAGUUAGACUUCUCUA